GAUUUUCCUCCCCUCCAGGAUGGCUCUGACUUUAAAUGAAUGGUUAUGGCAGCAGGAGUAUUGGCUUCCCCCAGGAAUCAGCUGGGAAGACAUGAAGGAGACUGAAGAUAUUUGUUACCCUCAGCCUCGACACCUCCUGCUCAGUAUCCCGUGUGCCCUGUUCUUGGUUAUCGUCCGGUACUACUUUGAAAGAUUCAUAGCCCUGCCCCUGAGCAAAAAGCUGGGUUUAAGGGACAAGAUGAGAGUGAAAGCUCUGCCCAAUCCUGUACUGGAUACAUUCUACACUACCCAUAGCAAGAACCCAAAAGAGCAAGAGUUGAUCAGUUUGGCAAAGCAAUGUGACCUGCCAACCAAAAAGGUAGAGAGGUGGUUCCGAUAUCGGCGGAACCAGGACCGACCCAGUCUGUCUAAAAAGUUUUGUGAGGCCAGCUGGAGGUUUACGUUUUACACAGUUUCUUUCUUCACUGGACUUACUGUCCUACAUGAUAAGCCCUGGUUUUGGGAUCAUAGAGAAUGCUGGACAGGGUACCCGCAACAGCCCUUACUGCCCUCUCUGUUCUGGUACUACAUGCUGGAGCUUUCCUUCUACUGCUCUCUGGUCUUCACCCUGCCCUUUGAUGUGAAGAGAAAGGACUUUCAUGAGCAGAUCAUCCAUCACACAGCAACUAUUUUUCUGAUCAGUUUCUCCUACUGUGCCAAUUAUAUCCGCAUUGGGACUCUGGUGAUGGUGAUCCAUGAUGCUUCAGAUUGCAUCUUAGAGCCAACUAAGAUAGUCAACUACAUGAAGUGGAAAAGAGUUUGUGAUGGUCUCUUCAUCAUCUUCUCAGCUGUUUUCCUCAUCACACGCCUGGUUAUUUUCCCCUACAAGGUGCUCUACAACACAUACUACUACUCCAUGGAGAUAUUCCAGCCCUUCUUUGGAUAUUAUUUCAUGAAUGCUCUCCUGAUGAUACUGCAACUGCUCCAUGUCUUCUGGUCCUGCUUAAUCAUUCACAUGGUCUACAAAUUCAUCCUCGUUGGCACGAUGGAAAAGGAUAUGAGAAGUGACACCGAGGAAAGUGACAAGGGUGAAGAGGAGAAAGAGAAAAAUGGGAUGGUGCAUUUUGACAACAUCACAAACAACAAUUGUAUCCAAAGUAAUGGAGCCCAGCAGCGAAAUACCAAAACCCCUUUUUUAUUCAAUGGCUAUGCCAAAGAAAGAUAGCAUGGGCUAAACCUCCUGCUGAUCCUGCCUAUACCAAAUUCAGGCCACUGUCCUAUGUUGCUCAUUAUUUGGACAUGGAGGGAUAUGUUUUUAAUUUCAUAGUUACAUUUCUACUUCCCACAAACCAAAAUUGCAUGUUGCCACUAGAUAUGCAAAGGUUGCUUUUGUUCUGCUAUCCAAAAAAAUGUAUUUUAUAUGUUGUGGUUUUGAAAAAGAAAGGGAUAGAAGGGAUCAAAGAGACUUGGUUUUAACAAGUUUUUUAUUAUCUGUGUUUAUCUUGAACAAUACUUUGAGCAACUGAUAAAACCCCAGAAAUUGUAACUUGCAGUCUUAAUGGAGUAGUAGUGUUUGGCAGGAAUCUGUUAAUCCUAAAGAGUAUAUUCAUGGAAAUACAGGCAUAGAACUACUGAUGAUUAGAAAUAGAAAAUAAAUGCUUCAUGUUUUGAGCAGGAAAGGGUCCCCUACUAAGUCGUAAGUAUGAAUGAAAGUCAAGGAGACUAGCUAAAAGGAAGCUAGAGAAGUCUCCACCUUCCUGGAGAAUGUUGCUGUGGGACACAUCCACCUGUGUCAUUACUGGAGGGAUCCUAGCUCUCCCUAGGUACGAGAUUUUCAGGUCUGUUCACUUUGUUUCAUGAAUGGGAUUAGAAGACUGAGAUAGGAUCUGGAGCCCAAGCACUCAGUGCCCUAUUUAGAUCACAGUUUAGAUAAGCAGGAUUGCCAACAGUCAGCACUGCCCUUUCAACCCGUUUCUCCAAUCAUUAUGUUAGAGACAGGAGGGAACAAGAAAAUAGACAUUUUAGGAGACUGCUGCAUUUGUGGGGACCUGGAGUGUAGCAUGUGCCAGGCCUCAGCAGUGGCCGCAGUGCUCCCUGGUGGCCACGUAGCACCUGCCCCACUUUGGCUUUACAGGUACCCUUCCCUUUUCUCCCUCCUGCCACACCUUGAUGUAACUGGUUAAUUUAUAAAAAGGGAGGAGGUUGCCUAAUAGUCCUCAAAUGAGCCUUUGUCAGUCUUCCAGCUGGCAGGUCCUUCCUGGACCCCACUGGUCUCAGUCUUGCCCCUCAAGUGCAACGUGAACCUUCCUGGCCCAUCUGUGCCCUCUGGACACUAAUUGCCUAAAGGCUAAUUUUGUGGUCUCCAACCUCCCCUGUAGGCACAUCCAUGCCUUGCAGAUGUUACUGUCCAAUCAAUCUCCCCUGUAAGGACCUUGGCCUUCUCAUCCUCCGUCCCUUUCUUGCUGGGCCUAUUAGCUCAGGCCCAUUGUGCUGGACCUGGUUUCUGGGCUCCAGCCUCCACCCUACUCCUAGGCACUGAACCUCCUGUGGCUCUGUCUCCAUCCUGCACCUGGGCAUCAUGUCUACUUUUCCCUGCUCCUGGGCUCUGUCUGCCCUGCUUCCAGGCUCUGCUAGGACCUCCACCAUCUCUUAGUCACAACCCAAACUACCAAUAUAAAAUUUUAACAAAGGAAUAAGCCCUCAGGCUAUAACUGAAGCUCCUAACUAGAUCUGAAAAUAAAGGCCAGUUCCUUGGCUAUCCUACAAAACUCCCCACUGCCCUUGGUCACAUUCCCCUGCAAGUCAGUAGCACUGUACUUGCAUUACUCCCAGAGUAGCCCAGAUAUCAGCUGGGAUGCUUGGGCUCUAGCUGCUGCAGUCUCUCUCUUAAACUAAUAGGGCCGCUAAGCUCCCUGUUACAUAGAGGUCUCACCUCCCUGAGAGUAUUCCUAUGGGAAUCGAGCUUUUAUGAAACAUGCAUUGCCCUUUCUCCACAGAAAGGGGACAGGGCAGCUGCUGAAUCUUAUGGACUGAUGCGUUAAUUCACUAUUGUGGUUCCAGGACUCUGCUGUCUAGUUUACACUCAAGAGCAGAAAAGAUUGAAGCAUUCUUCCAUGAAGUCAUGAUGCAGCUGUGUUAGUUCCCUUUACAUUUCUUGUACAUUUGCUUGAUUUUUAUGUACUAUAUAUAUUCUAGUGACUGGAGAUAAUAAAGCCAUUAAAGAGAGAAAA